CAUACGCACACAAACGCAAGUAACCGUCACCAAUAAGUAAACAAACAAAUCGUUGUCACUGCAGCAGAAAGGAAACGUUUCAUCUAUCCUGUUCGUUUUGCAAUGAAACUAGCCCAUCAUGGACAAUCUGAAUCAGCCCAUGAACAUCGCAGAGUACAACAGCCUCAUCACCAACAUAAUCGAAUCGGCAGUGGAUGAGCUGAUCCUGAAACGCGGAACCUCCGGUGUGACUGUUGGAUACGAUGUCACAGGUCAGGCAUCGCUACUGUUUAACAUCUGCCGACUGUGUGCCAAAGAGGAACCUUCACUGUUGGACCUCUCCGAGCUGCAUCUGGUGCUGAUCAAUGAGUUGACCAUCGCUGGAAUAGAGGCAAGCACCUGCUGCACCAAGAUUUGCGCUAGCUGUGUCGAGUUCUUGGGCCGCAUCCGCGAGUUUCGCUGCCGCUGUGAGGAAGCUCAGAAGCGCAUUAGUUCGUUACAGGCCGAGAGAAAAGUUAUUUCCGAGUUUCUCAAUUUAGAUUUUAGCAAGCCUGAUGAAAACUAUGGAGGGUUUAGUCCACCAACAGAUUCUGGCGAAAGGGAUGAAUCAGUUGCACCGGAAUUGGAUAAUUUCCAGGAACAUUCUUCCUCGGGGACGGAAGAAUCGAAGCAUGAGAGUAAACCGGUUCAGAAAAAUGUUGAAACGAGGAAAUCGAAAAUAGUUCCGAGUACUAAGGAAAAGGCAACACCUAAAAAGUCUAAAAAACGUGCCGACUCGCGACGACGAGUUGUCGAUGGUAAGCUGCAGUGGAUUUGUUUGGACUGCGAGCAGAUCUUUGGAAGUUGCACUAAGCUGAAGAAACAUCGGCAGACUUGUGAUCUAGUGGGAACCAUUAACUCAAAACGAUUGGGAUCGUUUCCGUGCGAGAUUUGCGGUCAAUCACUGCCAAGUUUGAUGGGUCUGCGAGUACACAGACACAAACAUAGCAAGGUGCAGAUGGAUUUCAUGCCGAAGAGUAGGGAACGCGCGAAACCUAAGACCGUGAAUACUAAGCCAGCUGUGCCGAAAAGGGCGGUUUGUCACGUCUGUGGAAAAGCCUUCAAUGGGCGAAGCUCGCUGAGGUCCCACAUGAUAUUCCAUGAGCAGGACAAACGAGUGGAGUGUCAUAUUUGCAAGAAGAAAUUCUUCAAAAUGUACCGAUUGAAAGACCACAUGAACUGCCAUUCGAAUGUUCGCGGGUACAGCUGCCAAAUAUGUGGAAAAGCGUUUUUCACCAAGGAAAUCCUGUACAAACACACUCGCUCACACGACGCAAAUUUUCGGAAGCACCCGUGUACAAUGUGUCCAAUGCGAUUCCCUCAUCCGUUUCAGCUUCGAUCGCACAUGAUGAUACACACCGCUGAACUUCCGCACGGUUGCAAAAUCUGCUCGAGUAAGUUUCGCUUUUCUUGGGAUCUUAAAAAGCACUACGCCAAUGCACAUCCACCAUCAGCGGAAGAUGAACCAAAUGAGCUCGUUUCCGAGUUACAUCCACCACUAGAGGAAAUGAUUCCCCAAUCUCUGCUGCACUCGCCACCGUUGCCACUGGUGCCUCUUUCGCCGCCCCCGCCACCUUCACCGCUCUGUCUCCCGGAACCAUCGCGGGUAGUAGACAUGAUUGAGGAAGAACCACACGACGACCUGUCGGUGAUGCUGGCAGAUAUUCCACCCCAGCAGCAGCCCGAGCUAACUCCAUCGAUAGCGGCCGUACAGCCAGUCCUGGCGGAACAUCCGUUCGACACAGCAAAUCUGCUGGAGGACGCUUCACGGGAUUUUGCCACCGAUUGCUUCUCGACGGACCAUCUGAGCGGUGGACACACGGCUGGCGGAGAUGAUUUCUACUGCUUCAUGGAGUGCUGAUGGUUCGGAUAACGCUGUAUAUACUAGGGGACAGUUCGUCUGUUUCUGUUAAAGUUCGGAACAUUUUAGAUGAAUCAAAAAUAAGUUCGGGCAAUAUUGUUAAUAAGUAAGAUUUUAGAGUUAUAUUUCGAACAAA